UGUUCGGUCCUGCGGCGAAGAGUCGGGGGGCAUGUGCUGAGAGGAUGGCGGCGCCAGCCGGCCCCGGGCGGAGGGAGCGGCUCGCGCGGCCGCUGGCCCUUCUCGUCCUGGUCCUGGUCCUGGUCCUGCUCUGCUCGCUGCAGGGCGCCGGGGGCGGCCUGUUCCGGGGGCGCCCGCCCGGCGGCGGCCGCAGGUUCCCCGGCCCCCCGGUCCUGCUGGUGCCGGGCGAUCUGGGUAACCAGUUGGAAGCAAAGUUGGACAAGCCUUCCGUGGUGCACUACCUCUGCUUCAAGAAGACCGACAGUUACUUCACAUUGUGGCUGAAUUUGGAACUGUUGCUUCCCGUUAUCAUCGACUGCUGGAUAGAUAAUAUCAGGCUGGUAUACAAUCAAACUAGCAGAACCACUGGGCCUCCAGAUGGGGUCGACAUCAGAGUUCCUGGAUUCGGACAGACGUUUCCUUUGGAAUUCCUCGAUCCCAGUAAAAGAAGUGUUGGUACCUAUUUCUACAUCCUGGUGCAGACCCUGGUAGACCUGGGCUAUCAGCGUGAUGAAGAUAUUAGAGGUGCUCCCUAUGAUUGGCGGAAAGCCCCAAAUGAGAACAAAGAGUACUUCUUGUCCCUCCGGAAGCUGAUAGAGACCAUGUAUGAGGAGUACGGUGAGCCAGUGGUCCUGAUUGCACACAGCAUGGGGAAUAUGUACAUCCUCUACUUCCUCAGCCAUCAGCCUCAAGACUGGAAGGACAGAUACAUCCGGGACUUUAUAUCCCUGGGCGCUCCCUGGGGAGGCGUGGCUAAAACUCUCCGUGUGCUGGCAUCAGGUGACAACAACCGGAUCUCGGUCAUCAGCUCCCUGAAGAUCAGAGGGCAGCAGAGAUCUGCCGUGUCAACCAAUUGGUUGCUCCCGUACAACUACACGUGGUCUCCAGACAAGAUCUUUGUCAGCACAUCGACGGCUAACUAUACCCUCCGGGAUUACCGCAAGUUCUACACUGACAUAGGCUUUGAGGAUGGGUGGCUUAUGAGGGAGGAGACAGAAGCCUUGGUCUAUGAGAUGGCUCCUCCGGGCGUCCGCAUACACUGUCUCUUUGGCACAGGGGUCGACACGCCCGACUCCUUCUUCUAUGACGCCUUCCCGGACAAGGAGCCCAAGACCUUCUACGGCGACGGCGACGGGACAGUGAACUUGCAAAGUGCCUUGCAGUGUAAGAAGUGGGUGGGUCAGCAGGAGCAGGAGGUGCUCCUGUACGAGCUCCCAGGAAGUGAGCAUAUUGACAUGCUCUACAAUCCCCUUACCAUUUCCUACGUGAAAAAGGUUCUUUUCGGCUCCUGACCACCUUUCCUCCAUGGCAUCUGGAAGUCUCUUUCAGAUUGGGGGAGGACGGUUUUACUGUCUUUGGCCUCUUCUUUUUAAAGCCUGUUUAUUUGGCUUGUUGGGCCUUGUCGGAAAUCCAUUCGAUGUCCAUUAAUGAUCACUUGGCUCCUUGAUUAGUGCUCAUAACACACUGUGAUGUCCUGUAUCUAAAAGGCUGAUUCCAGCCACGUUUAGCUAUCUCUAGUGCCACGCCUGGUGUCCAUCUGUGUGAAGAGUCUCUUGUGCUCACUCUCCAGGUUGUAGGAAGGUUUUCUCUUUCCGUACUUACUAAGCUGUAACAUAAAAUGGAGAAAACGUUAGGAUUUAACAUGCUUGUUCUGAAGGCUUGGGAAUACUGGAUCAUUGCUCCCACUAGAGAAGAAGGCAUUAAGAGAAGUCCCAGUAGCAGCUGCUGCAAUGACACAGAUUUAAUAGCACCUUAAGUUGCUGGCAUCCAGCCAGGUAUGCAUGGUUCUCAAGAAGGUAGAGUGCACCUGGGAAUUCCUGCUAACCUCUUCUAGCCUUAGGCUGAGUCUGUAAACGCAGGCCUUGCUGGAGCGAGACGGCAGUGACAAUGCUAAGGCAUUCUUCACUGCGACUUGUCUGUAUUGCUAAAUUUUGCCCUGCUAGGUAAGAAUGACCUUUUUAAGGGUGUGAUGUCCAUGAAUUGUUGCGAUCAGUUGGCGGUCACUGGAAUAGUUGGCAUGCCAUUCCUUUUAGCUAAGGCCGGUGCCUGGUCAAGUAUUGAUUUUAGCCAGACGCAUUUGUCCUGGAGUGGCCUUCUGACAGCAUUUUGCCUGGAGCAUCGCGAUGCCAGCCAUGCCGCUGCUGUUCCUACAGCCUCUGUUUUGGAGAGAGUUGAAUUAGGUUUGCGGUAAGGCGAGCUCUGCCUGGGAAUCUUAGCAAUUACCGGGUUGCAGGAUCACGUCAAGCUCUGCUUUUCUGGCACUGUGGCCUCCUCCUGUAUUUCACUGAUGCUUUUUCUAUGCUGGGAAGAUUGAGCCUUGUUGCAUACAGCACAAUGACAGGCAUGGAUUUGCUCGUAAGCCAGGUGUCAUCGCGUGACUUUGUGUCCAUAAUUGCAGGAAUGUCCCCUGGAAAGAGGCUUGACCUUCCCAUGGGAAACCUCUGCAGUGAAGCCCCAUUUGACCCCACAACUCUCCCUCUGUUCAGGUGUUGGGGCAGGCAUAAACUGACUGCUCCUUUCAGAGCAAAUGGAUUAAGGUGUUUGCACACGCUGCUUCUUGUCACCCAGGUAAGAGUUUCCUGGUUAGCUUAGCAGAGGAGAAAGCGCAAGGAGGUCCAGCAGUUAAUUACAUGGUGCAGCCACGCCUUCGAGUUCAGUAUGUUGUGAGUACGAGUUACUUCCUAGUCAUCUGUCUCCAGUUAGUGAGCCAGUCCAUGUGAUCCUGUCGCUUCCAGUCCCACUCCAGCUGCAUUUGCGCCAUCACCCUUGCCCACACGGCCUCCUGUGUUGUCAGACCUGGCUGGCAUGGCUUGUAGGGCUGGGUAACUCCUCGUCCAGAACCCACGGACUGUUGUCGGGUCACGGAGCAGCUUGUUAGCCAUCCAGCAAGCCACCUUUGCCAGGUUUGGUUGACACGAGAAGCUGUGCCAGUGAUGGUCAUUAUGGCAGUCCUGCUAACAUGUGAUUGAUACAUGCAAAAUGGCUGGCAAGCUGUGGUGGUGUACACCAGUGCAGAAGGUGGGGCCCCUGUGCACGCUUGGUGUGAGCUGCCUAGUGAGUGUAAUCGCCCCUUUUGCGAUGUCGGAACUUGACGGUUGGUUGGGCCGACCCUCGGAUUGAUCGUACAAGUGGAUCAAAGGCUGGGAGCCCUCAAACGGGCCGCGGAGUCUGAGUGUUUUGCUAACCCUCCUGGGCCGCGUGUGCCUAUAAGAUGCCUUGGUGCACUCCUGCAGCACUGUUGGCAUUUUUUAAAUGGUGGCUGGCAGCGUUGGGGAUGGUAACCCAUCAUAACUCGUGGCAUACGGGGCAGGGCAUUCCAAACAUAGGGCUUCCUUGAGAUUUAUGCCAAAUGCCCAAGUUCAGAGGUCAGGCUGAUUGGGUGGUCAUAGUGUCAUUCCGCUGAAGCGCCUGUUCUUUAACUUAACAUUUUUCUCCCAAACUUAAAAACAUCUAGAUCAAUGCUUUACAUUUCAAGCAUUUUUGCAUAAUCUUGGUCCUUUGGGGAAAACAAAUGCCAUCCUCCCCACCCCAUUUAAAGUAUUCCCCGCCUUUUGGAAUAUGAAAUUUUGGUCACUCAGCUUCCUGUUUUUCAGCAGUGCCAGGAGGCACUUUAAAUGCUGUGCACAGGCAGGACCCCUGAAAAUUUCCUCCAGACAUCCUUUCACGCCAUGUACCUGGAUGCUGCCUCCUUAAGCCGCAUCUUUGAACUGUCAGCGUAACUCUUUUCCUUUAGCUGUAGUUGCACCUAUAGUUUUGUCUAGAUCUCGUUGCAGCUGCAACCCGCUAAACUGCCCUAAUUAUAGCCCUGAUUUUGGCCACCAAUCUGGUUUUACCUGGUCUGUCAAGAUACCCUCUACGCUCCCCUUGCCUUUACAAUAACUGCAAAGUUCCAUCAUUCUGGGUGCCAUGUGGGUGGCUGGAGCUAACAUUCUCCUGAGGGCAAAGCAGAGCUUGGUUGUUGGUUUUGCAGAUCCAGAGGAAAGAUCCACAAGAGGAACAUCCACUUCAAAGCAGCUUCCAAAAGUUGCUGCUUGCCGAAGUGGACUAUAUGACAGAACUGAGUGAGGAGAAUCCAUCCGUGGAAACAAGUACGUGAUCUUUAUUCAAUAACCUGAUAAUGGAUACGUUGCAAUUUAUGCAGGGUCACCCAUGCGCUGGGCAUUUGAUGGGAUAACAGGAAGUUCUGGCCCAUGGAGCUUCCCAUCUUAACUUUCAACAGAAUGAGGGGAGAGAGGAGGAGGUUGGGCUAAGAAAAGAAGGUGCUCAGCUGGCCUGCGUUCUGCAGCCUUUCAGCACCGUUGACUCCUGCCAUUGUGCCCUGCUGAAUGCUUAACAGUGCAGCAACUAAUUCCCAGUCCCGUUUCACAGGGCUGCCUGCAUUUCUUUUCUCCAGCUUGCUGAAUGUCUCAGCGGGCCUCCGCAGGUGGCUUGGCUGGGCAGGGAGAGUUUUGCUCCCUUCUUAAUACUCGCUUUAGGAUCAUGUCAUGCCUGCUUUGUUUUAUAGCAGUGUAUGCAAAGAUGUUCAGCUGCUUUUUGCCCUUUGCUGUCAGCCUUCUUUGGACUCCAGGUCCUGAACCCUUUGUGACAGUGCAAGACGAGAGGAAAACCUUUAACACUCGCCAUUCAAUACUGUGAAUGAUGCCUGUCCAGAAACGCAAUAGGCACACUUGAUGCUUUGCAGUGCCCCCAAGCUUUUUGUAGAUCUGGGCGAGGAUCCCGCAAAUUGUGCCACUACUUGGAUGGAACCUGGUUUUGUUCCUGCGUCCUGCCAUGCUGGUUUUGAAACUUUAGAUCAAUUUGUUUGGGCAUCAGCUGUUCAAAGCAUCAGAUUUCCAGCCGCCCUCACGAGUUUUGUUGAUGAUCUUACAAUAUCAUUUUGGUGCUGCUAACUAGGAGAACUCGAGAGGAAAACAUUCCCCUUUCCUCUUAAGGGCAUCUCAUCCAAUUCCCGGGAGUUACACAUUUGUCUUGUCUGCAUAUCCAUGCAGCAUUCUUCCCAGGUGUUUUUCAAAAACCAAAAUGCUUUCUGAGGACCAAAUAUAUUGUUUCUGGUGCAGCGUGGAGAGACAAUGCUGGAUGGAAUUUCAGCUUUUUUGUUGGUUUGUUUUUAUAAAUAUAGUGCUACUGCAUAGAAUCAGGGUCACUGUGUGAUUCUGCUAGGAAGGGUGGACUUCACCACUGAGCAAUAAGUGCAAAGGAGUUUGUAGGCCAAAGUCGAGAACUCUUGCCAUUAAGCUUGUUUGUGAAAUGCAUAGUAUUUGAGAUACUCCAAAAUUCAGGGACUGCAUGAUUACUUUGUUGUUCUCUGCUUAACAGUAUUUUGUAUUGAACACUGCCUGGUAAGGCCUGUUCUUUUUAUAUGCACUUUCCUCCUUUGUGUAUGAAUAUAAAGUUCAGCAGAUUUGUUGCAUAUUUGAUUGUCAUACUUUGAUAACAUAAUAAAGUUGAUCAAAAGCUA